UUACAGAGCAGAAUUAUCUCGUACAAUCAACAAGACCCGCCCCUUAAUCGUUUUCUUCACUCGCUAUGCCCUUCACACAUUCUACUGGCUUGAGUGUAUUUCCUAUAUAACUAACGCACUUUAGUUACAUUCUCUGGCAUUCAUACAUUGGGAUACAUUCAAACGUAUAUUUUUGCGCAACAUCUUAAUAAGAGGAUAAAUUGAAAAUGUCCGAUCCUGUCAAACAAGGAGAACUCCAGAAUCAGAAUGGCGAAGUCGAUGCCAGUUCAAAACUACCACCAAGCGAUGGAGUAGACGCCUCGGGACAACCUGCCACGGGUCAACCAAUGGUACCCGGCCAACAGAUGAUGGUACCCGGUCAACCGAUGAUGGUACCAGGUCAACCGAUGAUGGUACCAGGUCAACCGAUGAUGGUACCAGGUCAGCAAAUGAUGGCACCCGGCCAACCCAUGGGUCAACCAAUGAUGGCACCCGGCCAACCAAUGGGUGCACCUGGGCAGUACGCUUACUACCCCAACGUACCCGGUCAGACACCUAUGGUGGUGGGACAGCAACCCGGUAUGCCGCAGGCGGUGCAGCUGAUGCCAGCACCACAGGCUAUUCCUGGGUGUCCACCUGGUCUGGAGUACAUGGUUCAGUUGGAUCAGCUCCUGGUUCACCAGCAGAUUGAAUUAGCAGAAAUGAUCACAAAUAUCAACUUUGAGAACAAAUAUAUGAUCAAGAACUCCAUGGGCCAACAGGUUUAUUUUGCAAGAGAACAGUCUGACGCGUGUAUGCGAAUCUGUUGCGGACCAGCCCGAGGUUUCGAGAUGUCCAUAACAGACAACAUGGGACAGGAGGUGAUUCACAUCUCACGUAUCUUUAAAUGCUGUGCUGGGUGCUGCUGGUGUGCUGCAAGUGGCAACUUUUGCUCCUUCUUCGUUGAGGUUCAAAGCCCGCCAGGAACUAUUAUCGGAUACAUCAGACAAACACGGAGUUUUGCAUCGCCCCACUUCGACGUGCAGGACGCUGACAACCAGACGCAACUCAAGAUCCGUGGUCACUGGUGUCGAUGCCAAACUAUCUGUUGUACAUCAGAUAUCGAAUUCAAGAUAUUCACAAAUGACCUGAAGACCCAGGUUGGAAAGGUUUCAAAGCAAUGGGGUGGCUGGCUCAGGGAGAGCUAUACACAAGCAGAUAACUUUGGAGUUGAAUUUCCCACUGAUCUAGAUGUGAAAACAAAAGCACUACUUCUGGCCAGUACAUUCCUGAUCGACUUCAUGUUCUUCGAGAACAAGCAGCAGAACAAGCAAAACUAUUGAAGUCGAUGAACCCUACGUGACACAAUAACUACUUCCGUAUAGGCAUUUACAAGCAAGCGGGGUUAAUAUUUUAUUAUAUCGUCCCCGUUGAUCAGUUUGCUUAACUAGUCAUGCUAAUCUUGUAAAUACAUAUAAUUUCAUUUUAUAACGUUCUUCUGUUAAUAAGAAAAAGAAUUUACUUCCAGCACUAGAUAAUAACCAUGUUAUAUUUCGAGGUAUUUCUCUAAGACCUUUCAAUUGUAUUUUCGAUGGAAGCAUAAUGUUACUUUGUUUAUUCGUUUGUUGUUAAGACGCAAGGUUCGUUUGAAGUAACUGAUAAAGGAAACAGUACACAUGAAAUUCCAUAUUAUAUAAAAAUAUUCUAGUUCCUAAUCAUGAUAAAGAGUCCGGUGUUGCUCACCAUAACAAAAAGUUUGCUUUGUCAUAUUACUUUCUUGUGUGUAUUCUUAUAAAAGAUCACAUAAUAAUAUGUAUAUAUUUACAAUUUAUGUAUUCGGCACUAUUAGGCAAAGUUAAGUAUUCAAAGUAAUGUCCAUUACAAAUAAACUGCUAUCGAUUCAAUCAUUUGAUAUAUCGACUUUAAUCCUUUUCGGGGCAAAACUUAGAUAUUCUUGCACCGCAAAUCCGAAACGAAUUUGAAAAAAGAAAGUAGUUAUAGAACUUCCAGGAUAGCUUUUUGGUGCAUGGAUACUGAACAAAUGGGGUGCUGAAGCACCCCCCCCCUGGUUCUAUGGCCCACAGAAGGUAUUGGAUAUUUCUUGUUUGUUAAGAAGUGAAAGUUCACCUUUUAGGAUGAUCAUAUAUAUCAAUCAUGAAUUCAUUUCAACGAAUACGGCUGUUUUCAAAUGUUUAAUAAAUCAUAACAGUCUCCAUAUUCUAAAAGUUUUCACAUUUCGUCUCUCUCUCUCUCUGUCUUUCAUUUUAAAUUCCUUUUCUAAAGAAUACGAGUAUUUUUAUUGUUGUUUUGACUUUGGUCAAACGAUAAAACCAUUUUUGUAUGAAAAGGUUAGCCAGUCAUAGUAUAAUUGCUCCACAGUUGGAUGAGUUGAAUAAUGCCAAAACCUCGGCUGUAGUAUUUUUAAAAUCUUCUUUUUACGAUGUUUACUUAAUCUUUUACGGCCAUUACGUUGUAAUCCUAUUGAUGUCAUUUUUUUGGAGAAAACGAUACCUCAGUUGCAAAUCAUUCCGAUAGAAAGCAUUGGAAGUAGAUGAUGUUUAAAAGUUUUACAAUCAUUGGAAUCUGGAAAAUAAUAAUAAUAUUAAAUGUCAUUUCGAACUUAGCUAUUUAAACCCCUUUUCACAUUUUUACGGAUUUUUUCCUCCAUAGGUUUGUACUUAUUUUCUCUUAGUCGUGAUUCCUUUAUUAGCUCCAACAAGGCACUAAGGAUUGUCAGAUACGCGGGAACAAUGCAAAAUUCUUUUAAUCGAGUAAAUGAAAUGUUCAUUUGAGAUUUGAGUGAGUCUGAUGAUCAAAAUGAUAUAAAUUUAUUUGUUAUUGUUUAUAUCAAAUGACCUUUUUUUUUUACAAAUUCUUCCAUAUCAAAAAUUUCCGAUCUCUUAUUUGAUUGAAAUCAAUAUUUUCUGAUUUGAUGACUUUAUUGAUAUGCUCAAUGAUGACGAUGUCAUGAUAUUUAUUGAAAAAAAAUUGUGUAAAAACCAA